AUGCCUGCUGCCAAUUCUGGUUCCGAUUCAGCUGCUGCUUCUCGUGUACCUUCUGCAGUUGGUGUAGAAGAAGAUGCAGAACCUGACGAGGCAGUGCCUACAAAUGAUGAUGAAGACGAGAUGAUGUUUCCUGAACUGGUCGAUGUAGCCAGUCAGCAAGUAGUGGAUGACGAAUAUAUGGAGGAGCCCAUCAGCCAAGCUAGGUUUGAUGACACUGACGAUGAAGAGAAGGUGGAGAACAUGGAGAGCUUAAUCGAGGAUGAAUACGAUGGUGAUGACAUGCCAACAAUUGAGUGGAACAGGGAAAAACCUGAGCUUAGUGUAGGUACCAUUUUCCAAUCAAUGGUGGACUGUCGGAAUGCAGUGACAACAUGGUGCAUUAUAUCUGAAAACACCUAUAAGAUUAAAAGGAGUGAGCCAGCAAGGUUCACAGUAUUUUGUCCAUAUCCUAGGUGUAGGUGGAAGUUGCAUGCAUCUCGUAUGAUCAAGAGCAAAUAUAUUCAGAUAAAGAAAAACCCACACAAGCACACAUGUCCACCUGGAGGGGGAGGGGGAAAGGCCAAAACCAAGCUAGCAAAAACUAGGUGGGUGGCAGAUGCUAUAUUGGAUUGGCUGAGAGAAGAACCUGGACUUGGUCCAACAGCACUCCAUGGGAAGCUUUUUGAGAAGUACAAGAUAGAAAUUCCUUACAUGAGAAUUUUCAAUGCUAGGGAAAGGGCUCUUGACAGAAUUAAUGGUCAAUGGAAUGACAGUUUUCAGCUGCUUUACACUUUCAAAGCUGAAGUGGAGAUGGCAAGUCCAGGGAGUGUUGUAGAGAUUGACAAGCAUACAGUUCCAUUCAAAAUAAAUGGGAAGUCAUUUCAGAAGGAGUGCUUCAGAAGGGCUUUUUUGCAUUUGGUGUGGUGGAGGCAGAGUCUGAGGAAAGUUGGGUCUGGUUUCUGCAGCAGUUGCGCAACAUUAUAG